GCCCGCGAGCUCGACCCUGGCGAGGCCAGAGAAGAAGUUCAGCCCGCCGCCGCGCCAGCUCCGAUCCUGGGCGACGCCGAAGCGCAGGCUGAGGGCGACCCUGCGCCCGAGACGCCCUUGCAAGAUCCUCCCGUGGACGACGCGGAGCCGCUGGCUGCAGCGGUGCCGGCCGCGCCGAUGCUGGCCGUUGCGAAACUUCGUAAGCUGCGCGCGGACAACCAGCCGCUCAGGGGCAAUCUGCUCCCGCAUGACUUGAACGAGAUCAUUAUCGACAUGUUUUUGACGCGAUUCGGCUGCAUCCCGCCUGGCGCAUCGAUUGUGUCGGCGAGUAUUUCCUGCCCCGUAAAGGAUUUCUCGGCCACUCCGACGCCCGUGCUCAGCGUGCUUGCGCCAGGGUGCUGGUAG